AUGUAUGUCACGACACAUCUCACCAGGACCUCUCUCCUACAUCCUUUUCUUCUGAUUAUCUUGAUCUGUGUCAGUACCACACUAGCCCAAGACUGGCAUUUCGUGGCCUUCACCACACCAGAAGGUCAAGAGUUCAUCAGUCAAUCUGGCAACAUGAUCGUCCCUCCCAUCCACGAAGCCGCGACAAACUAUCUCUGGCCCGGUCUGCAAAGCACCGACAAUUCUGGCGUAUAUCAAAAUGUUCUAGAUGGGAGAAGUGGCAGUUGGUGGUUUGGAAGUGGUUGGUGUUGUUCGAAUCCCAGUCUACCCUGGGGUGGUGGGUUUGGUGCUGAAGAAGGCGAUGUGUUGUUCUUCAACAAUACGCGUAAUGCAAAUGCCACCGAGUGGGUUAGUGUGAUUGAGAAGAAUUGCGGUGAAGCUUCUGCGACAAAUUCGUUCCCAAUUGCAGAUAAAGUCAUGAAUGAUGCACCUUUUGCCGCCGAGUUGUAUGGAGCUUGGGAUUUUGGCCCGCUUGUGUUCGAGGACGUUAUCUUGGGACUGAUUCGGGUCGCUCGCAAGAUUGCUACGGGCAGUGAUACAGGCUUCUGCACUGACAACCCUUGGAACUACAAUGGCGCGACGAAUGUCAGUGUUGUUGGUGUUCAGGCAACCGUGCAUACAGAUACAGUUACUUGCAGCAUUGAGAGUAUCACGCUUUGGGGGCCUGCAUGA